GUCAAGCACCUCUAUUAAGUUUGUUUUAACAUGAGUAUCAAGUGGCGCGAAGACCGUAAUGCUACAAGCUACAGCUUUGAUAUUUACUACAAGGACGAUGAUCUCGCCUAUUGGGUCCAUUGUAACGAAUGCUGCCUAGGCAGCUCGGCAUUGACCUCUGACCACGUACUCUGGCAGGAGUAUCUGAUGCAGUGCAAGCAAUAUAUGCUGUUGUCCUAUUGCAAGCAUCCAAGCGGCGUGGAAAUUUUAACGUUCCCUUGCAGUGCACCUGAAGAGUUUUCCGCCCACAAGAACUUGGUCAGGAUCCCUCGGAAUCUCGCUCUGGCGUCAAGCCAUCCCCCCGAAGAGGCGGCCUCCCCUGCAUCUAGCACCUCAUCUUCAGUUAUUGCUCAGCAACCAGGGCAACAAACGGGUCAGCCAACGGGUCCGUCAUCUACCUCUUCCUCAUCGUCGGAAGCUGUCAAUGCCCCUUCACCUAUUUCUCAAAAUCCCCGCCCCGACAACGCUUCAUCCACUCUUGCUCCAUUCAAUUAUAUGUCUACUUUAUUCAUUGUAGCCCUUCUUCUUGUUUUUUUCCGAUCCAUCGACCAUUCUUUGCGUCGUUAA